CGAGCAGCCACCGCCGACAUGAAGUUUCUGCUGAUUGCCGCCAUCGCCGUCGUGGCGGCGGCCGCGCCCCAGCACGGCAAGGGCUACGGUCACCAGGAGGACUACCACGAGAAGCGGCCGUACGCCUACGACUACGCCGUGCACGACCCGCACUACGGCGCCCAGUUCUCCAAGACGGAGCAUAGCAACGGCGACAACGUGGAGGGCCAGUACAGCGUCGUGCUGCCCGACGGCCGCACCCAGCACGUCAAGUACUACGCCGACCACUACGGCGGCUACAACGCUGACGUCACGUACGAGGGCUACGCCCAGUACCCGCAGUACCACGCGCCGGCUUACCACGCCCAGCCCGCCCACAAGUCCGCCUAUCGGCCCGUCCACAAGGCCACCUAUGCUGCUGCGCCUGUGCAUCACCGCUCCGCCUACAAGCCCGCCUACUCCCCUGCUCCGGCUUACCACAAGCCCGCCUACAGGCCCAGUUAUUAAAGAUGGUCCAGGAAACAACAGGCAUGAGUACAAAUGAUCAGCGAACAGGAACAUUGCAGCGACGGAGGUGGCACUGGACAGCAACGAGAACAAAUUUGGGGUUUGUUUUCUUAUUUGCACCUCGAUUAUCAUGUCUUUCAUCAUGUAGCAGCAGGCAAACCAGUUGUGCAGACGUCCUUGUCCAUGUUUUUUUCCAACGUCCCGUUAGUAAAAAUGUGUUGUCCCUCGUCUUGUCUGUUAUGGGUAUUCGAACAGAUCUGUGGAAUAUUUAUUUUUGAAUACAAGCUUUCAGGCUACA